AUGGUGUUGAAAAUUACUUGCCUCAUACUCGCAGUGGCCGCAACUGUGCAAGGCCUUCCUCAUCUCGGCUUGGGUGUUGGCGCUGGUGUUGAUCUAGGCGGACAUGAGCAUGGGCACGGACCCGACUAUGGAAACGCUGAUGCCGAAGCUGGUUUGGGCGCUAAUCUUGAUCUUGGCGGGCAUGGCUACGACAACAGCGACACUAAAGCUGAUACAGUAGAUGAAAUCACUUGGCGUGAUGGCGCUAAAGCCGGUAAUGGUGUACAUGAACGAGUAUACACUAGAAUUGGCAGGGAUACACGAAACGCUGUUGAUCAUGAUCUUGUACACGGAAAAACUAGAAGCAGUGUCGAAGCAGAAGGAACCAGUUCAGGCUUAAAAGGCUUCGGUCAAGGUGGCUUUGGAAACUAUGGAGGAUUUGAUAGUUUUAGACACGGCGGUUCUGAUUUCGAUAGCUUUGCACAUGGUAACUCCGGAUUCAGUAGCUUUGGAAAUCACAACCCCGGAUUUGGUAGCUUUGGGAACUACGAUUCUAGGUUCGGAAACUUUGGAAAUCUUGACCCCGGAUUUGGUAGCUUUGGGAAUCACGAUUCUGGAUUCGGAAGCUUUGGAAAUCGUGACCCUGGAUUUGGUAGCUUUGGGAAUCACGACUCUAGAUUCGAUAGUUUUGGGCAUGACUCCAUUUUCGAUCACCGCGACUCUGGAUUUGGUAGCUUUGGUAACUCUGGAUCCAGUAGUUUUGGACAUAAUAGCUCUGGAUCAGGUACUACCAGGAAAGACGAUUCCAGUUCCACAAAUCAUGAAAAUGUCGGUUCUAGUUUACCAGAUCCUGAUAUAGAUGAAGCUAAACUUGAAGAACAUGUUGAAAAUAUGGCUAAGGAUUUGGGAAGUAUCGGUGCAGCUAUUGGCGAAGGCCUAGUUACCAACAUUGUGGCCGGCCUCAAGAGACAUUGA